GCGCGCUCUGCCCGUUACAAACGAUUCGCGCCUCGGUCUCGAGACCGCGCCUCUGAGGAGAUACUUCACAAAGCGUUUAUUAUUUACUACAAUAAUGCAGCCAAAUAUGAGUGACUUUUAUCGACACGACCUCGUCUGUUUGAUAGGAUUAUUCAAACAUCUGAGUGAAAUCAGGGAAAUCCCGCUCGCCUUUGAAUUGUUUAUUGUGGAUUUAUAGACGAGGAAAGACGUUCGACUGGGGGGACUGAAAAGAAAAAAGGAAGGAAAGGAAGAAACGAACUUUUUUCGUUUUGAGAUAUUCUCAUUCAGACCGCAUUUUCUGCCUGCUUAAGAAUCGUGAAGUUUGUCUCGAGCGCGUAUCCAGCUGCUGGCGCGCGCUGGGUUGAGAUGGAGAGGACGCGCGCGCUCAGAUGGAAGUUUUCUCUCCAAACAUCCAAACAGAGAGAAUCCGAUGGACUGAAUUAUGAAACUGCAAAAAAACAGCUUUUAAAGCAAAGUAUUAGUUAAAUCGUCCUCUACGGUGGAGCGGAAAUAUGAUGAGGAUCGUGAGAUCUACUUGUGCGUAAUGGACACAUAACACCAGGAGGAGGAUCUCAGCAUACAGGCUUGCAUUGCCAUAGCAAUGAUUGCCACAGGUGGGGUGAUCACGGGGCUCGCGGCACUGAAAAGACAAGACUCCACCCGCUCUCAAUAUCAUCUGCCAAUCCAGAGCCCAGCCAAUGCACCGGAGAAGAAAUCCACCAAGCGUAAACCUAGAGCUGAUGUGGUGGUGGUAAGAGGGAAGAUCCGACUAUAUUCGGCCUCAGGAUUCUUUCUGGUUUUGGGAGUGUUGAUCCUCAUGGCAGGCAUUGCAAUGGCUGUUCUUGGAUACUGGCCUCAUAAGGACCCCAAGAAGACACCAGAGAGCAAGUUGUCCGUGAACGAUACACAGGUGGGCUCCAUCGCUCAAUUCUUGGAGCAGCACCUGCAUUCUGAGAAGAUGAAAAUGUUGGGUCCUUUCACCAUGGGAAUUGGGAUUUUCAUCUUCAUCUGUGCUAAUGCCAUCUUACAUGAGAACAGGGAUCGUGAGACAAAGAUCAUCCACAUGAGGGACAUGUACUCGACCGUCAUAGACAUUCACAGCCUGCGGAUUAAGGAGCAGAAGUGUACGAACGGGGCCUACGUGGGUCCUUACGCGGACACGGAGAUCCGUUCCUUUGGUCUGGAUGGCCAGUUUUCCUCACGGCUCGCAGCAAACACACUAAUGUCCUUCUCCGGUCUGGAUGGUGACGUCCGGUUCUCCCACAGGACCAGCUCGGCUGAGGACGAUGAGGGUCUGAUGAGCGAAGCCCGAGGUGGAUUUGGCCUGUUGUCGCCUACCUACAAGGACCGUUCUGAAUGUUUCUUUGGGUUCCAGGAUGAGGGUGUUCGUCGGUGGGAGGACAAGCGUGGUGCACUCAAGAAAUGCCAAACACGCUCCAUCGUUUCCUCUUCCAUCAGCGCCUUCACGCUGCCUGUCAUCAAACUCAACAACUGCGUCAUUGACGAGCCUGACAUCGAUAGCAUCACGGAGGACUUAGAGCAGAACCAGGUACACUCCAGACCUCCGUCAAUGGAGUCGUUGACAGUCCCUGUUCCCGAUGUCACCAAAGCUUUCAAGCCUCGGGGCGCCCAGCUGCUCCGGAGCAACUCGGCCACCGAAUCCCCUACCUCCACAUCUUCCCGUUCCUCGCUGUCUCCUGGCUCCACCAGCGGUAGAUACCUGUCACCUGGAGCGGCACGUAAAGACUUCGGCUCCAAUAACUCCCUCCACAUGUUGUCAGCCCAUUCCAAAUCUCUGGAUUUAGAGAGAGCUCCCACAAUGCUGACUGUCCAACCCGAACAGAGGAAACACCCUAGCUGGCCCAGAUUGGACCGCAGUAAUAGUAAAGGAUACACUAAGCUGGAGGACAAAGAGGACCCUAUGGACAGGCUUAUAGUGCCCCCAGUGGCCGUGAAGAAGGACUACACUAAAAAGGAGAAACUUCUAAUGAUCUCCAGGUCUCACAAUAACUUGAGCUUUGAGCAUGAUGAGUUUAUGAGCAGCAGUCUGAAGAGAGGCACCUCAGAGACCAGAUUUUAAAAACUGAGCCAGUGUCAAAUGUCAAUCCACUGGCUUUUGGCCUUCACUGUUCGCCUGCAAUACAGUUUUUGAACAGAAAGCUUAGGCAGUUGUGCUGCUUUUUUUGUUCUUUCACUGGAUUUUCAGAAUGAUAUUUCACCAUGAAUUUGAAAUACAAAAAGUGAGCUGUAAUGGUAAAUAAAAAUAUGGGUAGAGCAAACAAUUCAUUAACUAACAGGUUAGUGCAACUUGUUCAAAUGUGUUUGUAUUGUUUUUGUUAUCAUUCAGACAAUAUCUAUUGUCUGUUUGAGUACAGUAUGUGUGUUGUACCAGCACUGCUAGUUAUUUUACUUUAAAUAAUUUAUUGUUUAAAACACACACACUGAUAUUUUUGAAGAGAACUUAUCUAUGUAUAAUUUAUGCUUCUCAGAAUAAACACAACCUUUCCAGAUAACAUCCUGCUUUGUUGCACAGUUUCAUCAUAAGCAUCAUUUAAUUUACCUGUAACUAGGUCUAUUAUAGCACUCAAAUUAAUGAGAUAACUAACACAAAACUGACCAUUCUGUCAUCAUUUACACUUCAUCACGCUCCUCACAGUCCAUAUGCUGCUACUUUUUCUGAGGAAUUUUCACACAGCUCUCUUCCAGACAACAGUACAUAGUUAGAUUGUAUAUGUCAGAAAAGGACAAAAAAAUAGAAGUAGUCAGUACAACUCAUUUGCUUCAAUAGCUUCAUGUGAUAGACUAAAACGUUUUCAUAUUAGCUGAUAGCAAAUUCUGAGAUCACGUUCACAGAAUUUGAAAUUUGGACUGCUUUUAUUUUAUUGUUUGUUGUUGUUGUUGUUUUGUUUGUUUGUUUUUGGUCCUUUUUUGGAGCAUGACAGACAUCACUAUGAACUGUGCUCGUAUAUAAUAGAGUUUUAUGAAGAUUUUGCUGACUUUCUCUUUGCAAUCCACUGAAAAGAAAUAGCAAACGUGAAGGUAAAUAAUGAGAUAAUUUUCUUUCUCAUUUAAGUCUUAUGGUCUGUUUUAAUUUACACUGCAAAAAUGUAUUGUAACUUAAAAUUUUUCUGCAACUCUGGUUGACAGUAAACUACUAUAAACAUCACUUAUAACCUUUCUGAAAGAGCUUUAAAUGAAAAUUCACCUUAUUUUCUAAAUGCAUGAUAUAAAUCUUAUUGUGAACAAUUAA